AUGUGUAGAUCUCUUCAUCGAAAAACAUCCGCUGGCGUUUAGAAUAAGUGCACCUGAUAGCUCCAUUAAUAAGCAGACGUAACCCUGCACAUCCUUAUUUUCCCUCUGCUGGUUGUUUUACCGGUUUUGACAGACAACCGACUAGAUACUUUUACUUUUUGUUGUCGGUUAAAGUAAAGGAAAACCCGUCCAUUCAUUAUUAUUGAUGGGGUCACAGCAACCAUCUCUGUGGCUCCCGAGGGGCGCCUGGAUCCCAGUUUGUAACAAACCGACCCCGGUUAUGUAGAAGUUUUUUCCCCCCCUCUCGGCAUGGCCAAGUUGAAAUAACGGAAAAGAAAACGCACAUGCGCAUUGGUCUGCGCUCCAUCGGAGGCGCCAUUGCUUCCCAGGGACUGUAGUCCAAGUUGUCCUCCCCGCGCAUGCAAAGUCAGCUACGCGGAGACAAUAAAAAGACUCCAUCCCCCAGAGACGGCUGGGGCUCCUCUUUCUCGCCGGGAGGGGGGGGAGUAGACACAGCUGGGAGGAUAAUAAGAUGCGCAUGAAUUCACAAUCUGGAAUAAAAGAUAAAGAGAAAAACAAAUGCACGACACGGUUUGUCCGCGCGCGCCCGCGAGUGCAACUUGUGUCCUCGGUGGUUCCGUGUAAAGUUGCGCUUCUGUGUGCGCGCAGCGUUUUCAACUUCGGACCGCUUCGCUUUCCUCCGUUGAUGGAGUCACAAAGUUCCUUCAGUCAGCUCACAAUGGAAAGAAAAGCGCCCGUCGCCGGCUGUGAAGGCUUCCUGUGGUCAGAGUGGAUCACUAACUUCCGUAAGGAGAAGGAGCGCCACUCCAGGAUAUGAAGCUUGCGGCAGUCCUUUUUUCUUGCAGAAAUCUGCAAAUUCCUCCCAGACUUUCUCCUCCGUCACCUGCCCGUCUUGUGAAUGAGUGUCGUAUAAGCUCGGGCGGGCGGAAGCGCUUCAUUUAUGAGAGACAAUGUCGCUUUGAUGAAAGAACUCUCCCGGUGCUGACUCACUAACCCUGAUGAGGACCUCAGGCUCCCCCUGUCAAGAGGCAGCUGUGUUGCCUUCUGCCAGCCCUCACUAAAAAACACCCCCACCAUUCAGCGCUCCUCGUUGCCAUUGGAGGAAAACCCAAUGUCUGCCUACUCUCCCCCAUCCUUACCUCGAGCCAUCCUCCACUCUCUCCAUCCGCACCAACCGCCCUCGUCGUCCGGGCCGCUGUACGCGCGAUUGUCCAACGGCGGUCACAGCGUCCCCAGCCCCACCAACUCUUUCCAUGGGGUGUCCUUCCUGCUUCAGAUAGGACUGACCAGAGAGACCGUGAACCUGGAGACCGGGGACCUUUCGCUGUCCGCUGUCAAGGACCUGGUGUGCUCCAUAGUGGACCAGAAGUUCCCAGAGUGCGGCUUCUUUGGCAUGUACGACAAGAUCCUGCUAUUCCGCCACGACUUAAACGACGACAACAUCCUGCAGAGGCUGACCUCGGCGGAGGAUAUCCACGAAGGAGACCUCAUUGAGGUGGUGCUUUCUGCUCAAGCCACAGUCGAAGACUUCCAGAUCCGGCCGCAUGCCCUUUACGUCCACUCCUACAAGGCCCCCACCUUCUGCGACUACUGCGGGGAGAUGCUGUGGGGUCUCGUCCGGCAGGGGCUUAAAUGUGAAGGAUGUGGGCUAAACUACCACAAGCGCUGCGCCUUCAAGAUCCCGAAUAACUGCACCGGUGUCAGGAAGAGGCGACUGUCCAACGUCUCCCUGCCUGGAGCCUGCCUCUCCGUCCCCCGGCCGUCCCCCGCGGAGAAUGCCGUGGUCGUCCAGGACGAGCAGCGGCCCCAUCAGGAGGCGGGGAAGAGGAUCCUGUCCUGGAGCGGCAGGCCUAUCUGGAUGGAGAAGAUGGUGCUGGGACGGGUCAAGGUGCCGCACACCUUCGCCAUUCACACCUACACUCGCCCCACCAUCUGCCAGUACUGCAAGCGUCUGCUCAAGGGUCUCUUUCGCCAGGGCAUGCAGUGUAAAGAUUGCAGAUUCAACUGCCACAAGCGAUGCGCUUCAAAGGUACCUCGGGACUGCUUGGGGGAGGUGGACUUCAAUGGAGAGCCAGCCAGCCCCGGCCCAGACUCCGACACCACCAUGGAUAACAUGGAGGUGGACAGCGGGGAUAUGGAUGGCGGCAGAGGACUGGACGACCCAGAGGAACCGUCCACCCCGGACGAGAGGAUGUUUGACAUGGAUUCUCCCUUGUUGGACAGAGAGAAGGACGAAGAGCCCAUCAAGACUAUCAGCCCCUCCACCAGCAGCAACAUCCCUCUGAUGCGGGUGGUCCAGUCCAUCAAACACACCAAGAGGCGGAGCUCCACGGUGGUGAAGGAGGGCUGGAUGGUUCAUUAUACAAGCAGGGACAACCUGCGGAAGAGACAUUACUGGAGGCUGGACAGCAAGAGUCUGAGUCUCUUCCAGAACGACACCGGAGCCAAGUUCUACAAAGAAAUUCCUCUGUCCGAGAUCCUCCAGGUUGAACAGUCCGGAGACUACAGUAAUCUGGCCCAGGGCAGCAACCCACACUGCUUCGAGAUCAUCACGGCCACCAUGGUCUACUACGUGGGGGAGAACAACCGCAGCCACUAUCACAGCCCGGCUCUGGCGGCCUCGGGAGUCGGGAUGGAUGUGGCUCAGGGCUGGGAGAAGGCCAUCAGACAGGCCCUGAUGCCCGUCACUCCCCAGCCCAGUGUGGCCAGUGCUGCCGGCCAGGGCAAAGAUCACAAAGAGCUGUCCAUCAGCAUAUCUGUGUCCAACUGCCAGAUCCAGGAGAACGUGGAUAUUGCUUCGGUGUACCAAAUAUUCUCUGAUGAAGUGCUGGGAUCCGGCCAGUUUGGCAUUGUGUAUGCAGGCAAACACAGAAAGAGCGGCAGAGAUGUGGCCAUCAAAGUUAUAGACAAGAUGAGAUUUCCUACCAAGCAGGAGAGCCAGCUGAGGAAUGAGGUGGCCAUAUUACAGAACCUGCAUCACCCGGGUAUCGUUAACCUGGAGUGCAUGUUCGAGACGCUGGAGCGCGUGUUUGUCGUCAUGGAGAAGCUGCACGGCGACAUGCUGGAGAUGAUUCUGUCCAGCGAGAAGAGCAAACUGCCUGAACGCGUCACCAAGUUCCUGGUCACACAGAUCCUGGUGGCCUUGAGACAUCUGCACUUCAAAAACAUUGUUCACUGUGACUGGAAGCCUGAGAAUGUUCUCCUGGCCUCUGCAGAGCUUUUUCCUCAGGUAAAGCUGUGCGACUUUGGCUUUGCCCGCAUCAUCGGCGAGAAGUCGUUCCGGCGCUCCGUGGUCGGCACGCCGGCUUACCUGGCGCCAGAGGUGCUGCGCAGUAAAGGCUACAACCGCUCCUUGGACAUGUGGUCAGUGGGGGUCAUCGUGUACGUCAGCCUGAGCGGCACUUUCCCUUUCAACGAGGACGAGGACAUCAACGACCAGAUCCAGAACGCUGACUUCAUGUACCCCCCUACGCCGUGGAAGGACAUCUCCGCAGAGGCCACAGACCUUAUCAACAAUCUUCUUCAAGUCAAGAUGAGGAAGAGGUACAGCGUUGACAAGUGUCUCAGCCACCCCUGGUUACAGGACUAUCAGACAUGGCUGGACCUCAGGGAGUUCGAGACGCGGCGCGGCGAGCGCUACAUCACGCACGAGAGCGACGACGCGCGCUGGGAGGAGUACGCAGACGAGCGCAGUCUCCUUUAUCCGAAACACUUCAUCAUGGCUCCCAACCUGGACGACAUGGAGGAGGGCCCCUAGGGGCCCGCCCCGGGGGGACUUACUGCACCACACGUAUUGAAAAAAGAAGGACAAGAACUUUCACAGGGAGACUUUGGGAGCGGUGGAUCUACUGAGCCCCCGACCCAAACCCCCCCCCACCACCCAAAACCUGAGAGAAGCCAAUCGGGUGGAGAGUCAUUCUCCGGAGGCUUUCAAGUGGGAAAAACCCGACAGAGUUUGUAACGCGAUGCCCUGUUACAAUGAGUGUGCAGGUGGAGAUGCGCGCCACAGAAACGCGUUAAGAAACUGUCAGAGGAGAAGAGUGUUCGCCUUCUUUUUUUGCACAAUAAACACAUUCCAUGGAUUUCCUAAUGCAGGGUUCUUUGUUAGAAACAAAACCAAAAGAAGGUGAACGUAUUAGUGUAGUUAUUCACAAAAUAUUUCAUAACUUUGAGCAAUAAUAUGUGUCCGUUCUUCACGUGAGAGAUGGGAUAGAGCGCUUUCUCCAGGAUUAAAGGGCACUUUUCACAAGGGAUUACAGUCUGAGAAUUGAAGGUUUCUUUCUCAUUUCCCACCUAUUUGUGAGACUCAAACUGGAACAUACGUUUAAGAAAGAAAAAUGUGGUCAAUUUUUGCACUAUACGAUCAUUGAAGAUAGCAAUCGAAUAGAAACACUAUUUGCUUUGAGACUGGGACAAACAGACUGGGCCCAAAAAUAUUGAUCAGUUUCCUCGUUUCCAGGCCUUUUUCUUUACGGAUAUUCAUCUCCUGAGUCACUGAAUAGUCAUUAAAUGCAAUGAUGGAGCCAUUUCUGCUGUGUUCAACGUGAAGCAAGAGCGGCAUGGACUCUAUGUUAGAGCGUCAUGUUUCUACGCAUCCUUCUCUGUACUUUCACAGUAUUCUUGAAUGUGACUUUUCAAGCACUCCAAUUCUGGAACAAGUGUUUCUGAUUUAGGUAUCUGAAGUGUUGGUAUCAGCAAAACCGAGUUGUUGGUUUUUUUUUUACGUAGAACAAAAUAUUGUUGUGAGUUACCUUGUUUAUGGCGUCGUCUGGAGCGUUUUAAUAGCCCUUUCUGUCUAGACAUUGGACAUAGUAGAAACUAUGGGAGUUUUAUUGUACUGCAGUUUUGUUGUUUGCUCUGUUGGUGUGUCUCCUGUUGUCCUCUUUCCGUCCUCUAUGUUGCCGCUGGAUUGGCAGGUGUCAGUGUUUUGUAUAUUUCAGUACUUACCAAUGGAAUAAAAACCAAUCUUCGCAACUGAAAA